AUGGUGCAAAGAAUGGCGAGACUCACUCACGAGGCUGACUACGAUGCCGGCGAAACGUCUAGGAAUGUAACACGUCCACGGUCCGACUUUGGAAAUUAUCCUGCAUACAAUGGACUCCGAACUAGUCAGACAACCUACGUGAUUUCCUGUCUGUCAUGCUCCGGAGUUUUUUCCAGUCUUCAGGAGUCGGGAUCCUGGCCAGAUCACGCCGGAACUUUGACUUAA